CGACGAGAUACCUUCACCUCCACCUUCCCCCACGCUCCGCAGCCACAACUCGGACCGCGUACAACCCGCCGCUCCCUCUACUCCCACUCCAGACAAGGGCAUGGUUGACUUCUGAAAACCUCUAAACUGUUAAUGCCAGCAUUUCGUCCAUUGUUUGCCGCUACACGCACACGGAACGGUUACACCAACCACGUCAACUCCACAGCACUGCUCCUGCACAAAACAUCGCCUCUGGUGUGCUCGCCAACACCCUCACAUCAUCGAGCUCUUGCUUCACUCGCGCCCGCCCUUCAUCCAACUCUUCCAUUCAUCCACCUCUCACGCAACAUGAACCGCCCCAAAUCCGUCGCAACGAGCACCUCGAGCCAGAAACGCAAGAGGUCCACCGUAUCAUACUAUGUAGUCAAGCGGGGCUGGAAGCCAGACAUCUACAUGAAUUGGUCGGAUGUGCAAGAACAAAUCAAAGGUUUCCCCAACUCUUACCAGCAGAGAUUCGACACACUCGCCGAGGCCGAAGCAUUCCUCGCAAGCGACGGUGUGCCAAAGCCCAAAACACCUACCGACGGCCAAGUUCGAUUCUACGCAGUUCGCGGUGGCCCUGGACAAGGAAUCUAUACCAGCUGGGACGAAGCGAAGCCUCACAUCCACGGGCAGAAAGGCGUGAAACAUCACAAGUUCAAUACGCGAGAGGAGGCUGAAAGUUUCGUCAACAACGAGGUUGGGACAGCGUCUGCCUCCGCCAGCAACGGCCCCGGCUCGACGACAAGCAUUAAGGGUGAAUUCGAUUCAGAACCGUCUCUAGCGGACGUCCGAAAUGGCAGCAAGAUAGGAGACGGUGCGAAGAGGAAGAAGACGGCCCGCGGCCCGAUCGCAAUCAUCAAUGGAACUUAUGAACCUGGAGAAGGACCACUUCCCCCAGAUGCGGAGGACGGAUUCGACCGCAGGCUCAUGCUCAACCCACUCACUGGGCAGAUAGAGUACAAGACGGAGGAACAGUUGAAUAGGACGAUGCGACAGCCAACAGGCAACUUCACCGGUCCCCUUGUGAUCUACACUGACGGCAGUACGCUUGGAAAUGGCCGUGUAGGAGCUGUAGGAGGCAUUGGCGUCUACUUCGGCCCACAGGAUCCCAGAAAUCUUUCAGAGCCGCUCCCGCUUCAGCCAAAGCCUACCAACCAGCGAGCAGAGUUGACUGCAAUCAAGCGGGCUGUCGAGCUAGCACCAAUUGACAAAGAGGUACUCAUCUACAGUGAUUCGAACUACGCCAUCAAAUGCGUGACCGAGUGGUUCCAAAGGUGGGAGAAGAACGGCAAAUGGUUGACCAGCGGCGGAAAGCCGGUGGAGAAUAGGGACCUCGUCGAACCGGUGAUUGCCCGUAUACGGGAAAGAGAGAUGGCCGGUGCUCGCACGAAAUUUCAAUGGAUCAAGGGUCAUGCAGAUAACGCGGGGAACACCGCAGCGGAUAGCCUCGCUCGGGGUGGUUCGAGGCAAGCAACCCUCAUAGCUAAUGGCAUGAGAUGAUUUACAGAUACCCCCAAAGGCGACUUCAACCGAUCGAAGUAGGGCUAACUUAUCGGAGGUGUCAAAUUCCGGCGUCCUUUUGGCAUUUUAUGAUGAUCACAUUCAGAGGAUUCGUGGGUCAGUAAAGAAGGUCUGGCGUAUGGCAUGUGAGAAGAGGCCUUGGAAGGAACUCCCAGGUCAUUUAGGUGAGACUCUGUAUCAGAGCUAAAAUAAGUUUCGUUGCAACAUCGAUACCCCCAAUUUUAUCUCCUUUCCAUUAUUGAGAUGUUGAAACGAGCAUUCAGAUCCAAUAUAACCAAAUUUCCUAA